AUGGCUCAUUUAGCUUAUGCACUUUUUCAUCAUGCGUUCAUACUGGUGGCCACAGCGAUCGGAAUCUACGGUUUGCUUUUGGCAUUUCUCACAACUGCGACCUUCCAAUCCCACGUUGUUUACUUACAUGCGAUUAAAAUUCCAUGGUUCGAGGAUCUCAACAUUCCUGAAAAUUUUGGUUUCCUAAAAAACCAGGUCACCCCGUUCGCUAUUUCGACUGCGGAUGGCGAACGGUUGUAUGCUUGGCAUAUUCUACCUCUGGAACUAUAUCGCAAGAAUGAAUUCUAUCUUGUAGAUGAACCUAGCGGAUUCAUCACGAACAUUACUUCUAGAACUUCUUUCAAAUUGUUGAGAGAGGACCCUGAGGCCCGAUUGGUCAUUCACAUGCAUGGCGCUGGCGGAACUGUUGGCUCAGGCUACAGAGUUGCUAACUAUCGCGCAUUAUCUGCAGGACACCCUGAGAAAAUCCAUAUUUUGACCUUUGAUUACCGUGGAUUUGGGAAAAGUUCAGGGUCGCCAUGUGAGGCUGGCUUGGUGAAUGACGGCCUCGCUGUCGUCGAGUGGGCUAUAAACGUCGCGGGGGUAUCUCCUUCCCGAAUUGUCAUCUUUGGCCAAUCGAUGGGCACCGCUGUCAGCAUUGCUGUAUCCAAAAAUCUUGCAUUUCGAGAUGAACCAAUUGUCCUUGCUGGUACAAUCCUUGUGGCGCCUUUUGUUGAUAUUGCGACACUGGUCUCGACGUAUCGAGUGGCGGGAAUUAUUCCGAUACUGUCACCGAUCGCAAGUUUCCCGUCGCUGUUUGAAUAUCUCAAGUUGUUCAUCCACGAUAGGUGGCUGAAUAAGGAUGCAAUCGCGGAAUAUAUUCGGAUCAAUGAAGCCAACGAGAAAAAAUAUCGACUUAUCAUAAUACACGCCGAGGAUGAUUAUGAUAUUCCAUGGCGCCAUUCUCAACUCCUCGUUCAGCACGCAGUUUAUGCGUCAGUUCCAGCGGAGGUUAGCUUUGAAGAAACAGAAGAUCAAAUAUCGCAGUUGGAGGUGGACCUAGGUGCUGGAGGAUCUAAAAUGGAAUGGAAGUCUCACAAUGGGAUCAUUAAGAAGAUGAUUUUGAGAAAAGGCCUGCACGAUGUCAUAAUGGGAUAUCCCAUAAUCUCAAUGACCGUAAUAGGUAUUUUCGCUGAAAGCGACUCAUUGUUGACAUAUUGA